CGAACCAGGACUUUAAUUGUUUCGCGUCUUUUGGCGGGUGCGUCGCGGGUUCCUCACCGUUGGUCUGUCCCGAGUGUAUAUGCCGUGUUUCUUCAAUCGUUGUGUAGCUGUACCUUCGUCUCGGGUGACCCAUCUCCCCUGAUCAUCAUUCAACUGACCUAGGAACUCGCUAUCAAAGCCCUCGGCCAUCGCGGUACCCGUCCCAACAUUGCUAGUACAAUCGCCCUGCGCUGCCAGUUUCGAAAUGUGCCUCAAGCGCAAAAGAUCGGAAUCCGAGCUUGCAGUCUUUUCGUCGACACAAUCGCUAAGCAGCAGCCGCUUCAGCUUUGAUGCCAUGUCAGCAAUGGACACGGCUAGGCGCGGUUUCUUCGUCCCGCGAUUGCCCACGCCAUCGCAUCUACCAAUUCGCACCAUGAAGCGGUUCCGCGAUAAUAGGCCGUCAGAAUCAGAGGUAUAUCAACAUACCCUAGAUGUUCUCUACUCCGCGCAGCGUCGAGACCACGAACCGCAUUGCGUUCAGCCGCCACGGUCCCCAAGGAUAACAGGCACUCAAGCUCCCACUGAAGCUCAUACGCAAAUCCGCCGCCGCGGCCAGCAGCGUUCACUGCACAGUUUCUGGAACCUCCCUGUGCCGGCGACCUCAACAGACUCGUUGACAUCCUCUCCUGCCUCAUCCGCCAUGGCGCCUCCAUCUCCAACCCUGACACCCCCAGGCACACCGACGAACUGCGAGGACUGCGGCACCGGGCUAGGCACUGGCGACAACGAUGUUGUGAUGAUGGACAUUGACGGUUAUGGGCUGGGCGUGGAAGAUCACACUUGCGUUGCGUGCGGGAAGACAGUUUGUUUUAGCUGCUCUGUGAGCAAUCUCGGCGAGCAUCGGCAAUGCCUAGUCUGUGUCGGGCCUAAGGGACGAGUGGGCGGGAAUAGUUGGAUGGCAAGGCACUUGUAGUACUUGUGCGCUGAGGUCAAAGGUGUCACGAAGGUUUCUAGGCUGGGUGGAUAGGGGGAUUUCAGGUGCUGUUGGAAUAUUGUUUUUUGGAGCUAGUUGGGGCGGCGGGUUGGCAUGGGAGUUGGACUCAGUAUGCUUGGUUACCAACAAGGAGGGGUGUGUAUUACAGUCGCGGCAGCGCAGGGACGCAUCGCGUGGGGUUUGCCUCCAAGGACUCUGUCCAUCUAGAGAUAUGCUUUGUCUCAAUCUACUCUUUUUUCGCAGCUCCCGCGCUGCAAAGGAGUCGUUAGGGUAUUUUGCAUGCUAGAUUGGAUGCGGUUCUCAGCUGUAUUGGGCAACGACGUCACACCUGACCAACGUACCUACCGUAGAUCAACGAGGUGCGGGGCCGGGUGCCGGAGAGCCCACGUUAGCUAAUGCCCCGCCUUCACCUGGAUGGGAACCUGACUCUUCACCCUCCA